AUGUACUUCAAAUGUGUAGUAGCGUUUCUUAAUUUUUCAGUUCUGUUGCGAGUGCUUGUGGCUUACGAAUGCACACCAUGUGGACUCCGGACUUGUCCCCUAACUGCUCCUAUAGCCUGCGAGGACGGUCGUACGCUGGCAAGGGACCCGUGCGGAUGCUGUGACCAGUGCACGCGGCUGGAGCUAGAGCUUUGCGGUGGCCAGGACUGGACACUGGGAUACUGCGGUUUGGGACUUACCUGCGCAGCUGUCAACAGGUCAGGAGCGGUGUCACCUCCCGACAUUGGAGUUUGCAAAGCUCUCCCCGACGCUCCCGACGCUGGGGUGGAAGACGAGCGAUGCCCCCUAGUGAGCGGUUGCGACCGCGUGGGGGGGCGCUGCGUGUGCGACUCCCGGCGUUCCUGCAUCGCCCGCUUCGCCCACCCCGACCGGGACACGUGCGCCAGGGCGGCCAAAGCUGAGUCUCGCCGGCACGAGUCCAGACACAGAGAGAAGUUUGUGGGGCCGUCUAAUCCGGCCUGCGUGUUUUCCGGCUGUGACCUGACGGUGCAGGGCUGUGUGUGUGAAUCCCACAGCUGCCACUUCCGCUUCACCUACAUCAACCGCAGCCAGUGCCAGCAGGCCGCAGAGGAGCUGAAGUGUGCCGGAGUCACGUGUCCGACCUUGCCCGUGCCCGAGUGCCCAGGAGAUUCGGUGCUGACCCGUGAAUACACGCCCCCUGCUGGCUGCUGCCCUACACUACCCCCGCAGUGCACCUGUGGCGCAUGCCACAAGCCGCAGUGUCCCAGCGGGCAGAGACCCGUGCCGCUCCUCGAGUCUGCGGGAACGCCAGGAAAUUGCUGCACUGUGUAUGAGUGCCAGAAAGUUUCUCCUAAGUGUGUACACAAUGGGAAGGAGUUUUCGGAGGGGGAGGUGUAUCGGAUGGAUCAGUGCUGGCUCUGUCAGUGUCGUGGGGGCAUCUCUUUCUGCUCUAAGGCGGAAUGCGCCCAACUUGACUGCGACAACUUCUACAUACCAGAGGGAGAGUGCUGCCCCGUCUGCAUAGACGUGGAGCUGAUGUCUGUGGACAGUGCUGAGGCGAGCUGCUGGGUGAAUCAGAAGUUGCGGAGACAUGAGGAGCAGUGGAAGGAGGACGACUGUACGUUCUGUCAGUGUGUGGCUGGAGAGACUCACUGCACCGCCAUGGCCUGCAAACAGAGCUGCCAGAACCCAGUCAAAAUCCCCGGAGAAUGUUGCCCCUUCUGCGAGGAACCUUCAUAUGAAACCGUGAGUCCGCUGUUGUGUCCUCCGCUGGAGAACUGCACUCUUUCAGGGAAGGACUGUCCGUACGGCUUCCAGCAGGACCACAACGGUUGUCUGCUCUGUCAGUGCCUUGGCAAUGAUUCCUGCCCCGAGCUGUCCAAAUACUGCUCCUUGCAAUGUCCGACGGGAUACGAGAAAGACGACUUUGGCUGCGAGGUGUGUGAGUGCAGCGUGCCGCCGACUAAGUGCCGACCUUUGACCUGCAGCAAGACCUGCCCGUACGGAUACGUGAGAAACAAACACGGCUGCGAGAUGUGUCGCUGCGUUAAGUGUCCUCCGUUUACCUGCGACAAACAGUGCAGCGAAGGCUAUCGACAGAACAGGAAGGGCUGCAGCGUGUGUCUCUGCAAAGAGAGCGAGCGUUUGCCAAGCACCACCACAAUGGCUCCUGUUCUGGGUUACUGCCUGACCAGUAACGGCCAGCGCUUUGAGGAAGGUGAGAGCUGGCAUGAUGGAUGCAGGGACUGUUACUGCCAUUCGGGGCGGGAGAUGUGCGUCCUCAUAUCCUGCCCGGUGCCUUCCUGUCCGAACCCCACGCUCAGACCCCAACACUGCUGUCCCAGCUGUGAGGAUGAGUCUGGCAGCGGUCAGCCUGAGGGCCCAGACCUGGUGGUGUGUCGGGCCCCUGGUGGAGAGCUCUACAUGGAAGGGGAGACGUGGAGCCUGGACGAAUGUACGCGCUGCACCUGCAGACAGGGUCGUGUCCUGUGCGACACCGAAGUGUGCCCCCCUGUUCUCUGUCAGGCGCCAACCAAGAGCAAAGACACCUGCUGCCAAGUCUGUCCAGAGGACAAACUCAGUCCACUUCUCCCAGUCGACAGAAACCAAAAGGAAUAUUGCAUCUCCAGCGACGGAGAGGUACUGCUGGCCGGCGACUCGUGGAAAGCCAACGUCUGCACCAGCUGCACCUGCAACAACGGCACCAUUCAGUGCUUCUCUCAGACCUGCCCGCCUGCCAACUGCAGAGUUCCCAUACUACGCAAGGGUCAAUGCUGCCCUUACUGUCUGGAAACCACGACAACCUCAGUGCCGGUGAUCAUUUCGACCACGACCGCCGAUGUUCAGACCGUUACCACGGAGAGCGGAGCGGUCUGGAUCACCACUCAGACCGUGCCCCCUGUUAUCGCUGUCACAGAUGGCAGAGGUCUGAGUGAAGAUUUCCCUGGCCAAUCGGGAGAGGAGAUGGCUCUCAUCUACCAGUCGGCCGCUUGGAUACUUGCUGGCAUCCUCUUUGCCAUUGUCAUCUUCCUCAUCGUGGCCCUCAUCAUUAACAAGAGGAAAAAAUGGGUGCAAAUGUCUUGCUACAGUGCACCCAAAAAAACCGUGAUCCUGAAGAAACACGUGAACAAGAACUCAGUGGUGUACAUGGAGCCGUCGAAAGAGAACAAGUUCCAGAGCAUGAAGAACGAGUGUGGGAUGAACUUCUGUCCGGACGUGGGUCCUCCAAACGGUGAGCGUAUGGCCAUCCCUCGUGCCAAGCUCAGCAACGGUUAUACUGGGGUCCAGCACUAAGGGGGUGCCCCCCCACCCCUCCACCCCCCACCACCUCGUCCAGUUUUUUCAAUCACACUUCAUCUGUCCGGACUUACCAGAGCGCCUCCGUUUAUCUCUAUUCUGUCUUCUCUCUCUGUCUCACACAUCUUUAUGGACAUCAUAAAAAGACAUGUUGCCUAAAUGCCAAGGAUUCCUCUCUCUCUCUCUC